UUUCCGAAGCAGCUAGGGUUGUUUUGUUUGUUAGUUUUAGUUUUAUUUUUUAUUGAUGUUUUGUGAGUUAUAAAAAUUGUGGAUAACUUGUUGUUUUUAAUCAGUAGCGAUAAGAGUUCGGCCAGUGUUUCUCUCCUCUGCUCCGGCGUUGUGUUGGCACUGCGCUCAUGGCUAGCCGGAGUGUUUACUAGCCUGGGGCCUUGCGACUGGAGCUUUGCAUCGUACAGAUAAAACGGUCCUCAGCCGUGGAUAGCAGCACCAUGAUGUUGUUCUCAGUCUCCCACAAGACGGUGUUCGUGGUCGACCACUGCCCCUACAUGGCCGAGUCAAGCAGGCAGCAGAUCGAGUGCGACAUGCUGACCAAAAGCCGAGCGCAGAGCAUGAUCCCUCUGGCACCGGUCUCGAAAUCUCUCUGGACGUGCGCUGUGGAGUGCUCCAUGGAGUACUGCCGUAUUCUCUAUGACAUCUACCCUACGAGAAAGCUCGUAAACUACAUUGUCAGCGAUUCAGAAUGUCACAUUUUGAACACUUGGAGAGAGGAAAACCAGAGUGUUCAAGAGUUAAUGACCGCGCUGGCAGCUGUAGGGCCUCCCAACCCACACGAGGAUCCAGAGUGCUGCAGUAUUUUGCAUGGGCUGGUGGCAGCGGUGGAGUCCCUCUGCAAGAUUACAGAGUACCAGCAUGAGGCCCGGACCGCUCUCGUCGACGUUGCGCACAGAGUCUCCAACAGGGGGCGCAUCAUCUGCCUUACUAAUGCAAAAAGUGACACACACGUCCGGAUGCUGGAGGACUGUGUGCUAGAAACUAUUCAGGAACAGAACAAGCUCGCUGCUGGAUCUGACAGACUUAUGCCCAUUCAGCAGUGCGAGCUCGUGCUGGUGCAUAUAUACCCACAAGGAGACGACACCUUAGUAUCAGACCGGCAGAAGAAAGAGAUCACAUCUGUGCUAAGCAGUGAGGUGCACAGUGUGCGCGCUGGGAGGCACCUAGCCUCCAAACUGAAUGUGCUGGUGCAGCUGCACUUUGACUUGGCCUCAACCACUAUCACUAACAUCCCCAUGAAGGAGGAACAGCAUGCCAACACCUCCGCCAAUUACGACGUAGAGCUUCUGCACCAUCGAGAUGCUCAUAUAGAGUUCAAGAACGGUGAUGUUCACACGGGAGGCAGCAGCAAAGAGAGCGGUAUAAGAGAAACUGUUACGCUCAAGUGGUGCACUCCGCGCACCAACAACGUGGAGCUGCACUACUGCACAGGAGCUUAUCGGAUCUCUCCUGUCGAUGUCAAUAGUAGACCCUCCUCAUGUCUCACUAACUUCCUGUUAAAUGGUCGCUCUGUUCUCUUAGAGCAGCCGCGCAAAGCCGGCUCGAAGGUCAUCAGUCACAUGCUGAGCUGCCACGGCGGGGAGAUUUUCCUGCACGUGCUCAAUAGCACUCGCUCCACACUGGAGGAUCCUCCUUCCAUCAGCGAAGGCUGCGGAGGUCGCGUUACCGACUACCGCAUUACCGACUUUGGAGAGUUUAUGAGGGAGAACCGCCUCACUACGUUCCCGCACGUGCUAGCGGAUGCCGCAGGACGAGCACCCUUUGAACGAGCGAAAGCCCAGCUGGAGCGACACACACGUUACUGGCCCAUGAUUAUUUCCCAAACCACUAUUUUCAACAUGCAGGCAGUGGUGCCUUUAGCAAACCUGAUCGUAAAGGACACUCUGACUGAGGACGACGUUCUGACAUGUCAGAAGACUGUGUACAACUUGGUGGACAUGGAGAGGAAGAAUGACCCUUUACCCAUCUCUACCGUGGGCUCCAGGGGCAAAGGGCCCAAACGAGACGAGCAGUACCGGAUAAUGUGGAACGAGUUGGAGACUCUGGUUAAGACCCACGUCGAAACCAGUGAGAGACACCAGCAGGUUCUCGAGUGCAUCAGCGCCUGCCGGAGCAAACCGCCGGAAGAAGAGGAGAGGAAAAAGCGGGGAAGGAAGAGGGAGGACAAAGAGGAGAAAACUGAGAAGAACGGGAAAGAGUCUGAGGAAAAAGGAUGGACUCAAGACGCUGAAAGACUGAAGGGAGCAACGGAGCGAGAGAAAGAGAACGAAAGUGAACCCGGGGUUAUUAAGGACUCUCCAGAUUCUCCAGAGCCGUUCAAUAAGAAACCCAGACUCACUACUUUAGAGGACCUCCAGCCCCCAGAGAAAUCCAAAGGACCCGUCUCCUUACUCAGUCUUUGGACCAGUCGAAUCACUCAAGCCAACUCCAGAAAGCACCCCGAGUUUGCCGGAAGGCUCAACUCCAUCAGUAACAAGGCGGAACUGUACCAGCACCUGAAAGACGAGAACGGGAAAGACGUCCACGAGAACGGUAAAGCUACCAGAUGACGGAUGUCCAAGAGGAGGAUUUUUUUUUGGUUUUGUUUUUUUUUUUUUUUACUGACUUUUUACUGUAUAAAAUCUAAAACACGAUAAAACCCAAGUAUUCGCUGUUUGUUUACCUCGCGUAUGAAUCCGAUUCUAAAACAUUUUAUACACGCUGUUAUGUAAUCAGUCAUCAUAAGAGAUCGCUUGAAAUAAAAUAAUUUAUGACCGUUCAGUCAUUCUGUUCGUUCGUCCAUUUUCUUUCCACGCUUCCCGGUUGGAGUCUCUGUAGCAACAGGUUGAGAAACUCAAGCCAGGUUUCUCUCUCCCUCCCCAACCGCUCCUGGGGCUGUUCCCAAGCCGACAGUGAGAUAUAAUCCCUCCGGCGCGUCCAGAGAGGUCUUUCUCGAGACCGCCCCGAACCGAGAGGUCUGGAACCAGUCGUUAGCAUUAUAUCAAAUAUAUUAAACAGCUGGGUGAAGAACCACAUACGCGUAUGACGGUAGUAGUGUGGCAUCUGUAAAGUAGAACGUCAGCGACAUGAAAAUGAAGUAGAGAGAAUAAUCCCGAGAACUUUUGCUGUAAUGUUUGAGAGGGGUCCCGAGUGUGUCCGAAAGUCGCCACUGCAGCCAGACUACUUUUUUUUUUUUUUUUUUUUUUUAAAUAUAACCUUGCGUGUCUAUUUCAUGUCUACUUUGGGAACCUAUUAAUAGUCUGUACUUAUUCGAGUACACGCUUAUUGAGUAGGUUACUGUGCACAGCUCUACUGUAUAUAGUGACUAAUCUGACAACCGGAAAACUUUCAAAUAAUGAUUAGUGAAGGCUCUGUGAUAGGUAUUUGGUUCGAGAUGUGGUGACGGUCACGUCCUGUGGUUGGGGACACCGCCAUCCUGGAAUCUCUAUUAUAUAAACGUGUCAUCAUCGAGUAGGGUACAGGGAAGGAAGGAAGGGCUGGAGGUUGGUCAGAUAGUCCCCAGACUGCAAGGCAGGACAGUGUUGAAGGCACUGGAGAAAGCAGAGAACAUGAUUCUCAUGGGGGCGUGUAGAUCUGCUGGCAGAUUUAUUAAAGAUCAAUCACUGAAACCUCUCAUUUUGAUGUGGAUUUAGACCCUCGGCUAAUCGAGGCUCUCCGAACUGAGCUCGGGUGCAGCACAGUCUAAAACUGGGCUAAAUUCAAGUGACAGGACAUGAUGUGUGUGUGUGUGUGUAAGGAACUCUCUGUUCCUUGGGCUUGGACUUCCUGUAUACACAGGAAAGGGCAUACAACAGCAGUUCUUCUCCUAGAUGAACUGCGUUCACACAUAAAAGAUGUUAUUUCGAGAUCCUCAUCGGCACUAGUUGAGCGUUUGUAGGAUUUAUACGGAGUGAUCACUGUAACCGGCGGAUGAACCGAUUCGAGUUUUGGAUUUGGAUCCAAAUGGGCUCAAGGUCACAGCAAGGUCAAACGUCUCAAAGAGCUAGACUUGUCGGGAUUGUACACUGCAGCUACUUUGAAUACCAAGCGAAACCCGGCCUGGUGAUCGUAAAGGAAAACGGAUAUCGACGGGAAAUCAUUUUCGCGUUCCCAGAUUUACAUUUACAGAUACUACAAUACAAUGAGUAUCUGAGUCGGCACUGCGGGUGUGUCUCUCGCUCACACACAUUCCCGUCGAUUCCGAAAAGAAAAUCGCUGCCAGAUGCAUGAAAUUUUUUGUAAUUUUAUUACAAAAAAAGGUUAUUACAGUUUAUUGUACACAGCCUUUUAGGACGUUAUCGUUCUAUAGAUAGGGAACACUCUAUGACAGGCAUGCCCACUUUACAAUGCUAAGGGAAAAAAAAAUUUUUUAAAAAACUGAAAAGAAAAAUGAAACCAGUUAGAAAUGAAACAAAAAGCUGCGAAUUACGUUAAUACAUUGAUUGCAUUCGUUAAAAACAGGCAGUAAAGAAUAUCGGACAUUGACGCAGAGACUUCAGGUUGAAAGUGGGCUGAACUGAAACAGCGUGUCAGGUGCACAGGAGUUUAAAAGAAAGAAAAAUCACACGGAGCUUGGUGUCUAAAGAGAUACUGUUCAUUGAAAUAUCGGGCACUAUGUCAGACAUUCACCAAUUCAUCACAGGUACAAGAAGAUGAAAAGAACUACUACGUGACCGGACUGGAUUGAUUUCCUGACUUGGCUGCCGUGGUAGACCCGCGUGUGCUACUGGAGAUCUAAGCUCAAGUGUUUGUUGGAGAAAACAUUGAAAUUAGGCCAGGACAACGGGAAAAAAAAAAAAAAAAAAAACCAAAUGUACGUUUUAAUCUGAGGUUUAAAAAAAAAAAAUCAUUAAAAAACACUCGAUGAAACAAAGGCUGGACGAGCUGCGUAUGAACCUUCAGUGAUGAAACCCGGCCGCACUCGUACACAGUGCUCACUCUUUAUGUCUUAUAUAUAAAUAAAGGUGUGCAUGCCUUUUCUAGCUGAAUGGUAGAUGUGUGUGGAUUCCUGUACCCCUGCACAAACGAGUGUUCAUUUCAUCAUCUAGACAAAAAUAUACAACAAUAAGAAGAAUAAUAGUAAUAAUCACUGAAAGGUUUGAGUAAUUUAUAAUUAGACUAACAUUGGAAGCACACAAACAGGUCAGGUUAUUGGCUUCUUGAUGCUUAGAAAAACAAAAACAA